AUGGGGAAGUCGAGGGUCCCAUCUCUUAAAACCGCGGCUGUCCCUAGAUUGGAGUUAACGGCAGCAACUGUAUCUGUGAAGACUACCCCAUCGCAGUGGUAUUAUGUUUCUUCUGGGUCCAAUCCAGCUGACCAAGCUUCUCGUGGAAUCCGUGUUGCCGAAGUAAAAAAUAAACUAUUCCAGCAAUGGUUCAAAGGUCCCCAAUUUCUAUGGCAACAACAAUCCAAUUGGCCAUUGCAACCUGAUGACCUAUUGGAAAUUUCUGCGAAUGACAAAGAAUUAAAAAGUAAGAAAUCCCAAAUCUGUGCAAUGCAUACGAAUACUAAAGCAGAGAAUGAUGUUGUGAACUUGUUACUCCAUAGGUUUUCAUCAUGGUACAAAUUACAGAUCUCAGUUGCAUGGCUGCUUCGCUAUAAAAGCUACCUAAUGUUCAAUUCUGGAAAACAUAAGCACACAACCAUCAGAGGACCAAUAACUGUGGCAGAACUAUCACCAGCUGUUAACGAAAUAGUGAAAUUAGUUCAGAAACAAACAUUUCCGAAGAAGAUGGCAAACUUAAAGAAGCAGCCAGAUAUUGAUGGAUAUAUUAGCCCUUUACGUAAAUUGAAUCCCAUGUUAAUUGAUGGUAUCUUACGUGUAGGAGGAAGACUUGCCAAUGCUCCAAUGAAUGUUGAGUUUAUACAGCCUAUCAUCUUGCCUUCAAAUCAUCAUGUGACAGAACUGGUCAUACACCAUUACCAUUAUAAGGAAGGUCAUGUAGGUGCAAAUCAUGUAUUGGCAGGUAUUCACAAGCAAUUUUGGAUCAUCAGGGGUUAUUCUACAGUGAGAUGUGUGACGAGUAAAUGCAUAACAUGUAGACGUUGGAAUUCGCAGCCGAGUAAACAAAUUAUGGCACCACUUCCAGGAGCAAGAGUGACACCUGGUGACCCACCAUUCUCCUCAGUUGGUAUAGAUUACUUUGGGCCAGUGUUAGUUAAAUGGAGACGUGGUACAACAAAACGCUAUGGAUGUGUCUUUACCUGUUUGGCUAUCAGUGCUGUGCAUAUCGAAGUCGCUCAUGAACUAUCAACUGACUCCUUCAUUCAAGCUGUAUGGCGGUUCAUUAGUCGCCGAGGACCACCAACAGACCUUUACAGUGAUAAUGGUACGAACUUCAAAGGGACAGAAUUAGAGCUAAAACAAUCCAUUACAAGGUGGAACCGUGAGCGAAUAAUUGAUAGUUUUCGCCGAAGAAACAUACAGUGGCACUUCAAUCCACCAGCAGCCAGCCAUGCAGGUGGAGUUUGGGAAAGAAUGAUCCGUUCAAUUAGAAAGAUUCUUCGCUCACUACUGGGAAAUAAGCUGUUAGAUGAUGAGACUCUAUUAACAUUCUUGGCAGAGGUAGAGAAAAUUCUGAAUGAUAGACCAUUAUUUAAAACGUCCAGUGAUCCAUGCGACGCAAGACCUAUCACUCCGAAUGACCUGUUGCUAUUGCGUCCCAAUCCAUGUAUAACAGCAAACCCUAUAGUUAAAGACAAUAUACACAACUAUAGACAACUUCUGGAAAAGAUGGAUUAA